AUGGACAUAUUGGCUUGCAGAUCCGAAGAGAACAGUUAUAAUAUCCUCCCCUCUGCGGCAACGAUGCUUUUCCAUGGCCUCCCUGGAGGCGACGUGCACGGUGUGGUGGAAGAAAUGGACCGGAGAGGAAAGAGCGAGUCAGCAGCCAUCAGCUCAGCCAUCGAUAUGGGGGAAUCAGAGACGUCCAUGCCGUGUAUGACCAACGAGCGCGUGGCUCUGUGCGCGGGCUGCGGCAGGAAGAUCGCGGACCGCUACUACCUGCUGGCCGUGGACAAACAGUGGCACAUGCGCUGCCUCAAGUGCUGCGAGUGCAAACUCAACCUGGAGUCCGAGCUCACCUGCUUCAGUAAGGACGGCAGCAUCUACUGCAAGGAGGAUUACUACAGAAGAUUUUCGGUGCAGAGAUGCGCUCGGUGCCACCUGGGGAUCUCAGCCUCGGAGAUGGUGAUGCGGGCCCGGGACUUGGUCUACCACCUCAACUGCUUCACCUGCACCACCUGCAGCAAGAUGCUCACCACCGGGGACCACUUUGGCAUGAAGGACAGUCUGGUGUACUGUCGGCUGCACUUUGAGACUCUCAUCCAGGGAGAAUAUCAGACACAUUUUAACCACGCGGACGUUGUCCCGCAUAAAGGCCUGGGCCCGGCCAACACGCUCGGACUAUCCUACUUCAACGGCGUGGGGACAGUGCAGAAAGGACGCCCCAGGAAGAGGAAAAGCCCCGGGCCGGGGGCCGAGCUGGCUGCUUACAACGCAGCACUGAGCUGUAACGAGAACGACGGCGAGUCUAUGGACCGGGACUCCCAGUACAGCUCCAGUCAGAAGACAAAGCGCAUGCGGACGUCCUUCAAGCACCACCAGCUGAGGACCAUGAAGUCUUACUUUGCCAUCAACCAUAACCCAGACGCCAAGGACCUCAAGCAGCUCGCUCAGAAGACUGGCCUCACUAAGCGGGUGUUACAGGUCUGGUUUCAAAAUGCUCGGGCAAAGUUCAGAAGGAACCUGCUGCGGCAGGAGAGCACGGGGGUGGACAAAGCGUCUGACGGCUCCACGCUACAGGGUGGAACGCCGUCGGGUCCAGCCUCAGAGAUCUCCAACGCCUCCAUGAGCCCCUCUAGCACCCCUACCACCCUGACGGACUUGACCAACCCCACCAUGCCCACCGUCACCUCGGUGCUAACCUCAGUGCCGGGCGGCAUGGACGUCCACGAGUGCCGGAGCCCGUCACAGACCACACUGACCAGCCUCUUCUGA